AGGUAUUGGUCAUUGGAAUGCGUAUAGUAGGAGUGAAAAGUAUUUAUCGGAACAACCAACGAAUAUGGAAAUAGAUUCUGCUGAAUUAACAAAGCAUACAAAAUCUGAUGAUAUGUGGAUAGCUUUAAAUCAUCAAGGGAAAAGUAAGAUCAUAUUAUAA